CGAAACGACGCCUAUACAAUGACAAUCUCAAAUGAGCAUAAUGUUUACUUUGGGCCGGAUUCAUUGAAAAAGUAUUUUGAUCCGGAUCAACAACCUCCUUUGCCUUUGGUUGAACUUCCUGAGUAUCUCAAUCCAUAUUAUCAAUAUGGUGUUCGGAUAUAUGCCAAAAUGAUGACCAUGCACCCGGCCAAUAAUGUCAAGGCGAUGCCAGCGCUGAACAUGCUUGAGACUAGCGUGGUCCCAAACAAGACGGAUACCAUUAUCGAAUACAGUUCUGGCUCAACGGUGAUAUCAAUGUCAAUGAUUGCCCGAGUGAUGCACGGUAUCAACGACACACGAGCCUUCCUGAGCAAUAAAACCAGCGAUGCCAAGUUGAAGUUGAUGCAGUUCUUCGGUCUUGAUAUCACUCUAUUCGGAGGUCCAUCACAGCCAGAGCCAAUUGAUCCUCGUGGUGGUAUCCAGGAUGCCCGAAGACAAGCCCGCCAGUCAGAUAAAAUCGUCAACCCCAAUCAAUACGAAAAUGAUGAUAACUGGCAAGCACAUAUUCGAUGGACCGGACCCCAGAUAUUCAGACAAUUACCUGAGAUCAACGUUCUUUGUGCUGGCAUGGGUACUUCAGGGACAAUCACUGGACUAGGCACCUACUUCAAGAGCGUGAAGCCAUCGGUCACACGAGUUGGUGUUUGUACCGCAGCAGGAGACCGCGUACCUGGACCUAGAUCAUUUGCCCUGUUACGACCAGUUGAGUUUCCAUGGAAAGAUGCAGUUGAUACCAUUGAAGAAGUUGGAUCCGUUGAUUCAUUUACACUGUCCCUGAAACUAUGUCGCGAGGGACUGGUUUGUGGUCCAUCAUCCGGAUUCAACCUGCAAGGUCUUUUCCAGAUGAUAGAGAAGCGAAAAGCUGCAGGGACUCUUGCGGACUUAGCCGGUUCAGAUGGAAUGACGCACUGUGUCUUUCUGUGCUGUGAUCUACCCUAUCAGUAUAUCGAGGAGUAUUUUCAAAAGCUGACACCUGAACAAUUCCCUCCCAUCCGUAAUGAGCGAUUGGCCAAAGUCGACCUCCACCGAUACGAUGAGAGCUGGGAGCGGGAUGCCCUGGAGGUUCUCCCACAAGUGUACCGAGCUCCUCGGUCCCUCGCGGAAAGCCAGCUGAGUGAGAUCACGCUCAGACCCCAGAAACGAGUGAUAGAUCUUCGGCAAGCAGCAGACUUCCAAGCCUGGCAUCUGCCAGAGUCUAUCAGCUUACCGCUGACUAGCGUCGGGUCACGCACAGCGUCGCCGUUUUCGGAUCCAGCCGUACUGGAGGCACAGUGGGUGGAGCUCGAACGGAUCUUCGGCGAUGACCGACUAGUCCCAGAUCUCGGACCGCAUCACGUUCUGGUGGUAUGUUACGAUGGGGACACAGCACGCGUGGCUACGAGUGUUCUUCGGGCGAAAGGCCUUCAAGCGGAUAGUGUUCGUGGAGGUUUCCAUGCGCUCCAGAUGUAUGGGAUCGGGAAUGAGGGCCCUGCCGUAUCCACUAAAGUGUCUGGACCUAUUGCGGCGACGGUAUCUAUUUCGGCAGUACCCCUUGAUUGA